AUGCCGUUUCGGUCGCGCGCCAUGCUCGUCUUCGCUCUGCUGAAGCUGUCGAGCCAGGCGAAUGCCAAGCAGGACGCGGAUGAGCUGACAGAGUCUGACUACAGCUCAGACUCGGAAAGCGACCUCUCGCAGAGACCCACGGCAUCAAAAGAGGAUGCGACUGCUGAGGAGGAUGCGGCCAAGACAGAGGAGGCCGCCGGUGCCCAGACCGAGGAGAUCGCGGACGCCAAGACCGAGAAAAGUGCGGCUGCCAAGACAGAGGUGGCUUCGGCUGCGCCUCUGCAGCAUCGGGGCUUUGCGGGCAGCUUUAUCAUCGGAUCAUCGACCAAGGUGUACCUCAACCUCGUGAAGAUGAGCGGUGGCAUCCGCGUCUCGGGAGGGACCGUUCUCAUCGACAUCCACGCCUCGUCCGGCGUGUCUAUUAGCGGGACGCGGCAGUACAGCAUGGCGCACUCGGCAGACAGUGUCGGCCACAUCUUCCUGGAAGAUACCCGAUUUGGCUCGCUCAAGCGAACAGAGGUGACCGAGGUGUCGUACUUUCCCGACACGGACAGCGUGCGUAUUCGCGCUGUGUGGCGCAGCCGUUUUCUCCAGGUGCCGGUGGAGGUGCUCCUCGAGAGGGCCUCUGACCCCGUGCUCGCAUCCUAG